UACUGUCUUUGGUCGUUUGCAGCAAUGUUGAAUGAAUCUUCAGUUUACUGUGGCAGAGAGCACUGAUUUCGCUGGUUUUACAUAUUGUUCACGGAAGUCCACCUUGGAAGACUGCAACUGUAGUUUGGCGCGCUCUACAGAUGUUUGUUCAACAAGACAACCACGUAUACUUACACAUUCCCUAAUAAGGCUGGGGGUUGGACCUCAUGACAGUUUCCAGCGCGGGAGAUUUCCAUGCUUGUGUUGUGUACUACGUCCUAUCUGUAAAGUAUCAGCUAGGCAGCGCAUUACAGGCAACUUGCCAGCACAGAAGCAAAGAUGAGCCAAGAAACUAAGAACGAGACAUCUCAACUGAACGGGACCCCGGCCUCUGAUUCUGCUCAGACGAAAAAGCGUGAGGACUACCUGGAGUGGCCUGAAUAUUUCAUGGCUGUAGCCUUCUUGUCAGCUCAGAGAAGCAAGGAUCCCAGCUCACAGGUUGGAGCAUGUAUUGUUAACCAGGAGAAUAAGAUAGUGGGCAUCGGCUACAACGGCAUGCCCAACGGCUGUGAUGAUGACCUGCUGCCCUGGUCCCGCUCUGCCGACAACCGCCUGGAUACCAAAUAUCCCUACGUGUGCCAUGCGGAGCUGAAUGCUAUCAUGAAUAAGAACUCAGCGGACGUGAAGGGCUGUUCCAUGUAUGUGGCUCUGUUCCCCUGCAACGAGUGUGCCAAGCUCAUCAUCCAAGCAGGUAUAAAGGACGUGAUUUAUUUGUCAGACAAGUACCACGACAUCCCUGAAAUGACUGCCUCCAGACGGCUGCUUAACUUGGCAGGGAUCGAAUACAAGCAGUUCAAGCCCAAGCAAAACAAGAUUGUCAUCGAUUUUAAUUCUAUUAACCACUCUGGGAUGUUCAACGGAAAAGCCUGAAUACACUCACCUUGAGAGAAGGAGAGAGAAAUGGGAGAAAAAAGAGGGGAGAAAGAGGAGAGCGAAAGAAAGAGAGGGUGCUUUGUCAACUCCUCCCCUCACAACCCACCACGACUAGAGGAACUCAAGGAUAUCUCUACUGUAAAUGUUGAAAUUAAUAUAUGGAAACAUUCAUUGGAAAGAUUUUGCUUUUGUUGUCUUUUACAGUGCGAAAAGUUCUUUUUAUUGUGAAAUUUUGUGAAAAUGUACGUUGGGUCACAUGGGGUUACUUUUAUUGUGGUCUCUUUUCAUUUGUAUGCUCUCUGCUAGAGAAAGUAAAAUAGCACUAGUGGACGAUGGCUGUAGUUAUUUCCUUCUACUAUUUUUUACUUUUUUUCUUUACACAAUCAGGAUUUCUGAGUUUUACUGUUUUAGACCAACAACUGUUUUUGUUCUUCUAAAUGUUAUACAAAAUGAUACAAAUGUAUUAGUACCAUAUUAGGUCACAAAUGGUGGGCUACUGAAUGUAGCCUACUACUGUAAUAUUGAGUCUCAAACACUAAACCAUAUCAUAUUGUGUGCUACACAUGCAAUGUCGACCAAAUAAACUACGAGCAAUGUUUUAAAAAUCA